UUCUCCUUAUCGCACUGCGGCACGAGCAUCGUGACCAUCCUUUAACAGCGACUAAGUGACCAAAGAAACUCUUCAGGCGUCGGAGGCGCCACUGGAUUCCUUUCACCUACCGAAUCUACGAGUUACGACUAAUAGUAAUUACAAGUUUUUGUUUUUUUAGUCAGGCAAUCGCCCUGCCUAUGAAUACUAACUUCUCAGGUGCACAAGUAUCUUUACCAUACAUUUCAAAACUUAGAUUAAUCAGUAUUGAAAAUAAAACGAAAUCGAAAUAAAGAAAACUUUAUAUAUUGGCGGGAACUAAUCUCUCAACAUGUUUGUCAGCUUUGGAAAAAAUAUGAAGAAAAAUGUGUUGAUAUGGACGGGCAAAGUUAGUUUAGUCUCUGUAGCAAUGGUAUAUCUUGUUCUCCUGAUUCUGGAGCAAGCUGAGUGUGUUAACGAACAAACAACAGAAGACAGUUUAGUCUGGCAGUUACAGACUGACAGAUGGAGGAGAAUGACCACUUCUGGGGAACCACUGACAACUGUAAAUGAAGCUUAUCGUCCUCACUUUUAUGAAAAGGGAACCCCAAAAAACGUGACAGCUCAAUUAGGACAAACUGUUUAUCUUCACUGUGUUGUAAAAAAUCUUGGAGACAGAACGGUUUCGUGGAUCAGACGACGCGAUUUCCACGUGUUAACCGUUGGGAAAACAACUUAUACAGCGGAAGGAAGGUUUGAAGCUGUGCACCUAGCGCACACUGAUGAUUGGAUCCUGAAGAUUACAUUAGUUGAGCUUGCAGAUUGUGGAGAUUAUGAAUGCCAGGUCAACACACAUCCCUUGAUGAGUUAUUUUGUUAAUUUGACAGUCCUUGUCCCUCAAGCAGCUAUCCUGGGAGAACGAGACUUGCUUGUAAGCAGUGGAAGUUACAUCAACCUUACCUGCAUAAUUAGACAGAGCCCUUCGCCGCCAAUGUUUGUCUUCUGGUAUCACAACGACCGCAUGAUAAAUUACGACUCAUCUCGUGGUGAGAUCACGCUACAAAAGGCAAGUGAAGAUGCAGCAAUGAGCAUUCUUUAUAUUAAGAAUGCCAAAGCCUUGGACUCAGGAAAUUAUACAUGUGGCCCUUCCAACGCUGAUGCCACGAGCGUUAUGGUACAUGUAGUCAACGGAGAAAAACCGGCAGCAAUGCAGCAUGAUGCAGACACAACAUCAGCUACUACUGGUUUCAACAGUGGCUUUUCUUUCUUUUUUUCCAUCAGCGCUACUUUGCUUACUGUAUUUUGUUCUUCUUGACCUCCCUCUCUCUCUGUGUUAUCACAUUCCACAGUAUUUGUUCCGUCCAAGAAAGAAGUGUGUGAAAGUUAAAAGUUUUAUAUCCUCUGUCAUAAUUCACGCUGGCAUCUUCAAAUCCCGAGAUACUGUUCCACUUACUACGUCUGUACAGCAGAAAAUACUUAUUGGCAGCGUUAUCAGCUACGAAAAGGUUUCUGGAUGAUAUGAAGGCCUAAAGAUUGACUUAGCGUAACAUUCAAGUCCAUCAAUCUUGACAUAUAAAGUCCACGUGGUACAUUCAACUGCAUUCACUUAUAAAGCAUAAUGGAACUUAAUGACAUUUGAAUGAAUAUAUAAACUAUUAUAUACUAUAUGAUGGACAUAAGAAAUCAUAAAACUCCAGCUGAAGACCUGUUUAAACAUGUUCAUUUCAAGACAAAGUUUGAUUUUAAGCACUUGGCAAGUUUUCGAAAAGUCUAUAAAACUUUCAAGUGUUAUUUGUCUCUUAAAAUAUUUCAAUUUACCUUUCAUUCGUAUGUCUUAUUUCCAUAUUAUAUGUAACAGAGUACUUUGCUUCUGGAUCAACUUUUAUUGUUGUCUCUCAAUAAAUUAUUAUUUUGA